AUGGCGGAAUUCGUACGAGCCCAAAUCUUCGGAACCACAUUCGAAAUUACCUCGAGGUAUUCAGAUUUGCAACCGGUGGGAAUGGGCGCAUUCGGCCUGGUCUGCUCCGCCAGAGACCAGCUGACUAACCAGAAUGUUGCCAUCAAAAAGAUCAUGAAGCCCUUCAGCACUCCGGUUCUUGCGAAGCGGACGUACCGAGAGCUGAAGCUGUUGAAGCACCUCCGACACGAGAACGUCAUUUCUCUCAGCGAUAUCUUCAUUUCGCCCCUCGAGGAUAUCUACUUUGUAACCGAACUUCUUGGCACAGACUUGCACCGUCUGCUCACUUCGCGGCCCUUGGAGAAACAGUUCAUCCAAUACUUCCUCUACCAGAUCAUGCGGGGUCUAAAAUAUGUUCACUCAGCUGGCGUGGUCCAUCGUGACUUGAAGCCUAGCAAUAUUCUCGUCAACGAAAACUGUGAUUUGAAGAUCUGCGACUUCGGACUGGCACGUAUCCAGGAUCCCCAGAUGACUGGUUACGUCUCGACGAGAUACUACCGAGCCCCCGAGAUUAUGCUCACCUGGCAAAAAUACGACGUCGAGGUCGACAUUUGGAGCGCUGGAUGCAUAUUCGCAGAAAUGCUCGAGGGCAAGCCUCUGUUCCCCGGAAAGGAUCACGUCAACCAGUUCUCCAUCAUCACCGAGCUCCUCGGAACACCCCCUGAUGAUGUAAUCAACACGAUCGCCAGCGAGAACACAUUGAGAUUUGUCAAGUCCCUGCCCAAGCGGGAGAGACAGCCGCUGAAGAACAAGUUCAAAAAUGCCGAUCCUGCUGCCAUUGAUCUUCUCGAGCGCAUGCUUGUAUUCGACCCUAAGAAGCGAAUAACAGCAACGGAAGCCCUCGAACACGAAUAUCUCGCGCCGUACCAUGACCCUACUGACGAGCCCGUCGCCGAGGAGAAGUUCGAUUGGAGUUUCAACGAUGCUGAUCUGCCAGUUGACACUUGGAAAAUCAUGAUGUACUCGGAGAUUCUUGAUUACCAUAACGUGGAAUCGAAUGGGGGAAACAACCCACCACAAAUGGAUGAACAGUACAAUGGUCACUAG